CAGAGAGAGAGAGAGAGAGAGAGAGGCGAGCUCCUUUUUUCUGGGGAAUCUCUGCGGUGCAGAGCUGGAACAAAAAGCAGCUUCUCAGCGGAAAAAUAAUUAUAAUAAUAAUAAUUCCAGACGCUCUUAUUUCACUCCUCUUUUUAUUUUUUGCUCUGUUAUUCUCCUGGAGAAAAAAAAACGGACUUAUUGACCCCGAAGAAACGCAACGAGGACCGGAGCCCGUUACACGAACCCGCAAGUCCGCGCACAAGGAGGAGCUGCGCGCAACAGAACUAUUGCGUGACACCGAGGAGAGAUCCAGGAGCCGGUUUCCCACGCGACGAGAGAGGGAGAGAGAGCGAGAGUCGCGGCGGGCAUGAGCGCGGCCGCGAUGAGCCUGGGCCCGGAGCUACCCAGCAGCCCCCUGGCGCUGGAAUACGUCAACGACUUUGACCUGAUGAAGUUCGACGUGAAGAAGGAGGGCCUGGCGGGGCUGGAGCGCGUCGCCGCGCAGCGCCAGUGCAGCCGCGCGCAGCCGCAGGGCUCCGUGUCGUCCACCCCGAUCAGCACGCCCUGCAGCUCGGUGCCCUCCUCGCCCGGCUUCAGCCCCACGGAGCAGAAGAGCCACCUGGAGGAGCUCUACUGGAUGCCCAGCGGCGGCUACCAGCAGCAGAUCGACCCGCAGACGCUGAGCCUGACCCCGGAGGACGCGGUGGAGGCGCUGAUCGGGGCCACGGCGCACGGGCACCCGCCGCUCGCGCACGUGCAGCAGCUGCAGCAGCAGCAGCAGCAGCAGCAGCAGCAGCAGCAGCAGGGCACCUUCGAGGACUACCGGGGGGGCGCGCACCACCACCACAGCCACCACGGCCAGCAGCACCACCACCACCCGUACGCGGGCGGGAUCCCGCACCACGCCGACGAGCUGUCCGGUCACCCGGGCGCACACGGCCACGCGCACAGCCAGCACCACCAGCACCACAGCCAGGACCCGGACAGCCCGUCCCCGGUGUCCCCGGACUCCCACCAGUCGCUGCACCACCACCGCCACCACCACCACCACUCGCACGGCCACCUGAGCCAGUCGGCGGGGGGCCACCACCACGGCUCCGGGGGCGGGCUCAACGUGGAGGACCGCUUCUCCGACGACCAGCUGGUGUCCAUGUCGGUGCGCGAGCUCAACCGGCACCUGCGGGGCUUCACCAAGGACGAGGUGAUCCGCCUGAAGCAGAAGCGCCGGACCCUGAAGAACCGGGGCUACGCGCAGUCCUGCCGGUACAAGCGCGUGCAGCAGAAGCACGUGCUGGAGCACGAGAAGACGGAGCUCGUGGACCAGGUGGAGCACCUGAAGGCGGAGAUCAGCCGGCUGGCGCGCGAGCGCGACGCCUACAAGCUCAAGUGCGAGAAGCUGACCGGGUCGGGCGGGUUCGGCACCAGGUUCCGAGAGGCCGGGUCCACCAGCGACACCCCGUCGUCUCCGGAGUUCUUCAUGUGAGUCCCCCCCCCCCCCCAUGACUGAACAAAACGAUGAUAAUCCACAGCUCCAGAACUGUUCAUGAUUAUAACAAUAAUAACAAUUAUAUUCGUAUUAGAAGAAUAAUCCGUCAGAUAGUAUUCUCUCUCUCUCUCUAUAUUCUCUCCAUCCGCGUGUCGGCAUCUUUUUUUUUGUAGACGAGUCGCUUGCAGUGAAGAGGACUUGUUUCCGCCCUCCUCUUCCUCACCAGAGAGGAGGAGGAAGAGGCUCGGCUGAUGGACUUUGUUGUUGUUCUUUUAUUCCUCCAUGUUUGUGUGUGGGAUGACCUGCAUACGGACGCUCUCCAAAUGAUGAUGAUGAUGAUGAUGAUGAUGAUGAAGAUGACAUUGUUCUGGUCCCGGGUUCCGGGCUCGAGACCCACAGUCGACACAAGUGGGCUCGUCAAGAAUCUGAGAGAAAAAAACAACAAAAAGACUCACAAACUUCCACUUUAUGCAAAAUUGUAACUUUAACGUGUCACGAGGAGGAGGGGGGGGGCGGGGGGGGGGGCAUUUUAUGCAACAUCUCAAUGAUUUAUUGCCUGCUUUUGGUUAUAUUCGAAUAUAUAUUGAAAACAAAAAAUCGGCAUUAAAUAUUAAUCCUGCAUGCUGGACAUGUACGGUGAUAAUUUCUAUUUUGUACUUUCAUCUUCUCUGUAUAUUAAGAGCAUGUUGUUGAUCUGC